AUGGAGUUGGCGAGCGACCCUUUCCCCGCGGACGGUCGCGUGUACUAUUUGCCCCAUCACGGGGUUUACAAGCUGGACAGCGCGACCACAAAACUUCGCGUAGUUUUCGAUGCUUCGUCGAAAUGCCCGAACGGGCUAUCCUUAAACGAUACCUUGCUCAGUGGCCCGAAGUUGCAGCCCGACAUAGUCGCGGUUCUACUUCUCUUUCGCGCGGAGCCCGUGGCCAUUACCGCGGACGUAAAGCAAAUGUUCCGGCAGAUCCGGAUCCACCCGGAGCAUCGCAAUUAUCAGCGCAUCGUCUGGCGCUUUUCGGAAUCGGAACCGAUCCUCGAUUACAUACUCACGACGGUCACAUUCGGUACCACGGCCUCUCCGUUUCUGGCGAUUUAUUGUUUGCUCAAAUUGGCCCACGACAAUCGGAGUAGGUACCCGUUGGUGUACGCGGCGCUGAUCGAGUCUCUCUACGUGGACGACGUCGUCGUCAGUGUCCGCACCGUCGAGAGAGCGGUUGCGCUCCGCGAUCAAUUGCUCGAGCUCUUUCGGAGUGCUGGAUUUGAGUUGCGGAAGUGGGCGAGUAGCCACCCCGCCGCGUUGGGUGGCCUCGAUCCGGAAAUCUGCAGUCAGAGGACGCUUUCCUUCGAGUCGGCCGACGAUCAAGCGCUUAAGGUUCUGGGUCUUCGUUGGCACUCGCAGUCAGACAGUUUCGGGUUUCAGCUAAACCCUCUGACGCGAGGAUGCACCAAGCGAACGAUACUGUCGGAGGUAGCACGCAUAUUUGAUCCAUUAGGUUUCUUGGCGCCGUUGACCUUUACCGCAAAACGAUUGAUCCAACGUUGUGGACCUUGA